GAGUCUUUACCUUAAUUUCAACUUAAUUAGUUUAAGGUCGGAUGAUGUUUUCUCUGACGUCAAAGGUUGGUAUGUUUAUAAAGUUUGAGACAUAAAAAAUAUUCUAUGAAAUUUUUUAUAUAUCACAUUUUUUUAUGGUAAGCUAGACGUGGUGAUCCAGUUUCAGCACGACUUGAACAAUAAACUUUGGUAUAUUUUGUUUGUUUGACAUUUACCGUCAUUACUUGGUCCCAUGCCAUAGAGCAAAAGUCAACUCUUAUCUCUCUAGCAAGUUUUAGUUAUAAAAUUAAUUGAAAAUAUUCCAUGAAUUGUAUUUGAACAUCUCAGGCUUUUAUCUUCAUCUUACUCUUUGAAACCCAAUUUUAAGAAGAUCAUUAAAAAGCGUACUUGUCAAUUCUAUGCAUGGCACCCCCACCUCCAUCGCCACCACCUGUUUCGUUGAAGGUAUUACUCCUUCUUCUUAGGGUUUUAACAGGGGUUUUCCUUGUUAUAGCGCUCAUCAUCCUCAGCACCAACAGUGUCACCAUUGUAUCUCAAGGAAGCGCAUUUAAAUUUCAUUUUAAAGAUGUCUAUGCCUAUAGAUACAUGCUUUCAGCUGCCGCCAUCGGACUAGUUUACGCUGUCGUACAACUGUUCUUCACAAUCUCCCUAUUUGCCACCGGAAUCAAAGACCCUUUUAAUUAUCAACUCGAUUUUUACGGUGACAAGGUUAUAUCAUAUCUAGUGGCGACGGGUUCAGCAGCUGGAUUUGGAGUGAGCAAAGAUUUGAAAGACACAUUUUUAGCAUUAGUCGCAUUGGAUUCGACUGAUCCUGUGGACACGUUCUUUAGUAGAGGCUACGCAUCGGCCAGUCUUCUUCUCUUUGCUUUCAUUUGCCUCGCUGUUUUAUCUGUUUUCUCAUCCCUCGCCGUUGCCAAACAAUUUUCUUAAUUUAAUUCUUAUCACUAUAGAACUAGUAAUGAUUUAUUGAUUUUCAAUAUUAAUUAUUUGAUCAGGUAUAGCUUUCUCGCCGUGAUAUGUGUUGGUGUAAUUAUUUAUACAAAUUGAAUAAUUGUUUGUGCAUGUUACGAAUUAGAUGAAUAUGUUGAUAUAAGAAAAUUAUAGUUGACUACUGUAGAUUUUAUAC